AUGAUUUCAAAGCCUCGAUCCAUCAAAGGACCCUGGACACCAGAGGAGGACCGACAACUUCGGGCACUCGUCAAUGAACUCGGUGCUGAGAAAUGGGUCCUGAUCGCCAGUCGACUGGGUUCCCGCACUGGCAAACAGUGUCGCGAGAGAUGGCACAACCAUCUUGACCCUACAAUUGAUAAGUCACCUUUCACACCAAAGGAGGACGAACUCAUCUUCAAACUUUUUGACCAGUUCGGAUCUAAAUGGGCAGAAAUGUCCAAACUCAUGCCUGGUCGACCAGACAAUGCUAUCAAAAACCACUUUAACACAUCCAUGCAGCGCAAGCGAAGGCGCUUGAGUUUACAGGACCCAUCAGGUAUAGUUCUUACCUCACGAUCGACCAGCUACGUACAUGAUACUUGA